AAGGUGGAGGGCCCGGUUGAUGUUUGCCCUCCGUCUCGAGAUCCCUUAUUCUCCAGCUAAUUACCCCAUAAUAUUUCUCGUGGAAGAACCCGAAUAUUACCAACACGUACAAGAUGGCUGGGGAAAAAUAUCGGACCUCGAGCCCUGGGCUGGACGGCAAUGUCAAUGGCAAUGGCAAUGGCAAUGCAGCUGGAACGAACGGGUUUCAGCACAACGAGGAUGUAGCUAGAAUCCCUGCUAGCCGCCAUGAUCCACGAGUCGUCACCGUCUCGCAGGUGCCUCAGCCGCAGUUCAUGAAACUGGCCAACCCAGGUCCGCUGGGCUUGAUUGGUUUCGCCUUGACCACAUUCGUGCUAGGACUGUAUCAGUGCGGCGUCGGACUUCCCGACGAGAACCCCGAAGGCACUGUCGGCCCAUUCCAGGCUGUCUUUGGCCUCGCCCUCUUCAUGGGCGGCCUCGCGCAGUUUGUAGCCGGCAUCAUGGAGUUCCGCGUGGGCAACACCUUCGGUACGACGGUGCACUGCUCCUACGGCGCCUUCUGGUUUAGCUUCGCCAUGUUCCUGAUCCCAGGCCUGGGCAUCGAGGACGCCUACAAGGGCGAUGUGCACGCCUACACGUUCGCCAUCGGCAUCUACCUCAUCCUGUGGGCAUUCCUAACCUUAAUCUUCCUCAUGGCGGCUUUGCGCACCAACUGGAGCAUCAUAUCGGUCUUCUUCUUCCUCACCCUGGCCUUCCUUUUCUUGUCGAUCGCUCAGUUCAUCGAGACGUCCCAUCCCAAGAUCAGCAUCAACGUCAACAAGACCGGGGGGGCAUUUGCGGUCAUCUGCGCUUUCUGUGCCUUCUAUGCAGGCAGCUCGGGGUUGAUGCUUGAGGAGACGACGUUUAUACGGCUGCCGUUGGGUGCUAUCCCAAGAGGCGAUCGCAAUGUAUAAGACACUGUACUGGUGCUGUUGCUGGUGCUGGUGCACGACUUUUAAGGUCCUGAGGCAGUGGCAAGGUGAUGGCGAAUUUUACCAUCAAAAUUGACAGGUAAUGCGGCUGUGGGAUAGGAUGAGUCUAGUCUCUGUUUUGUGGAACACGAUCCUUAACUUUGUAACUUUUGUUAACUCGGCCUUGCACCUAAGCAGGAGUAACGGUAAUUAGCUGUAACUGAAUAGCUUACUCUUUGAACAGC